ACCACAUCAUGUCUUCAAAGGAUCGAUCCAAUCUCGUUGCUCCAAGAGGCGUGCAUCCGCCAGAAGAAAAUCCAUAUUACAAUAGCGCUCAAGCUAACGAGAAAACUGAGGAUGAAUCGAAUCAAUCUUAUAUCUCCAAUGUAAAAGAUAAAAUUCAAGGCGCCGUUCACACCACUGCUCAAAAAUUAAAUUUGGAACCAAGAGAACGAAAUCCAGAGGCCGCUCAUCAAGACGCGAAAACAAAUCCUGAAUGA